AUGUACUCGCCUAACUUGUUCACGAAUGAUCUCUACAAAUUGUGGACCCACGACAGCGCCAAAGACUCGAUCAAAGCGUUUGAGGAGUUCCGAAAUGGAGGCUCCAACAAACCAAACGAGCCCCCUAGCAGCCAACCCAGCAGCAGCGCCAGAUCCAAUGAACAAUUAAUAGAGGAACAACGGAAAUACUUGCGACUGCUCUUUGCUCCUCCGUUGCUGGCAUAUUCGGCAGAUAUACCGGGAGCCAGUCUUUCACAACUAGAGUAUACAAUCCAGAACUCAGCAUCAUUGCCUGGCUUGAGACCAAGUGUUUCCAUUUCAGCGCUUGAAGUAACGACCACACCAUUGACGCAGUUGAAGAUGCACCAAUUGGAGCAGAUACAGAAUACCGGCUAUUCUACGAUAAGACCAAUUGGAAUCCACAGGACUAUGGAAGAAAUUGAAUUCGACGAAGCAAGAAGGUUUAACACAAGCGACCAGCAAAUUGACGACCAAUCAUACAUUCAUACAGCCGAAAAUACUAAUACAGAGGGCCAGGGGGCUGGGGUAAAUGGCAGUAAUGUCUCUAUGAGAGAUGUUCAGGGCGAAGAGGUUGAUUUGGAUGCAGAAGUCCGCAAUAUGGAUGAUGAACAGAACGAAGAUAGUUUUGCUGACGAUAGCCGCUUGGACAGUUACGAAGACGAGGCCGAUCUUCGGAUUCAAAACCAGGAAAGGGCAAACUUGGUUGAAGAAGGGUUCAUGGCCGAUGAAGUGGAAUACCAAGAUGACCACUCGUUGGCGGUAGACAACAUUCAGAUGCUCAUGAACUCGGGAACGGUACGUUCGUCGCUAAUGAGUACACUAGAUUCAGGCGCUAGCUUGGCUACAAAUGUUACUUCACUCACUGGUGAAUCGGGAGUAGUUGGUGGCGGCGAUGCAAACUUCUCUAGUGCUAGAGAGUGUGUCGGACAAGAAAACGACGAAGACCAGUCCGACCUAGACAUGGUGAUUGAAGAAUGA